AUGUCGAAACAAUCUUCACCCAAGCAUAUAAAUGUUCCAACUGAAACCAGUGGAUCAUCUUCCCCAACUACUAGGGCAAAUGAACCAUUCCAAAUUAUAAAUCUGUCUGAUCUUGUCUUGGAUGUUGCUCUCUUAUCCAUGAUUCAUCCAUCCCCUCAAAACAAAGCUACGCCAUAUGUUUCAAAGAAUGUCAAUACUUCUGGUAAGUCUUUUGUUUCUGAACCUAUAAUCCCUGGUGAAGAUAAAACUAUUGUUGAAGAAAGGUCUAGGUCUAAAGGGUUUGAGAUAAGGAAUUGUACUCUGCAUACUGGCGGCACUGAGGAUCAAACGGAAGCGGAAAGGAGUGUCGUUGAUAAGGAACUUUGGAACCCUGAUGGUGAUUCUAGUGAAAAAGAUGAGGAAAGUGUCCCUGAACAUGAUGCUCUUGAAAGAAGGAGUAAGAAGAAGGUUGAUGAAUAUGUCCCCGAGCAUGCUGCUCAUGAGAGAAGAUGUAAAAAUAUAUUUGAUCAUGUUGUCAAUGUUGAUGAACUAACAUCUGAUGAGGAAUCUCUUACCAAUAUUGUGACUCCUAGUAUAGACAAGAGACUUCAGAGACGAAAAGGAAAGGCAGUGGUGUUUGAAGAUUCUACCUCCAAGGAGAUAAAAAGAAAAUAUGAUGGUAUAAAAAGCACUCCCUCUAGAAGCUCCAUAGGAAAACCUCUUUUUGGUCCUACUAGACCAUGGAGUAAAGUUAUUACUCCUACUAAGAAGAGGAAAGUUGUCUCUUCUAGUGAUUCUGAGUUUGAGUGUGUUAUUCAAAAGAGGGUAGAUUUGGAGAGGGAAUUGGGUAAGGAUGCCCUAAAAUGUAAGGAGGUUGUAGAGCUUAUAGAAGUUGUUGGGUUGAUAAAGACUGUCACAAAAUUUGUCCCUUGCUAUGAAAGCCUAGUCAAGGAGUUUGUGGUGAUUAUUCCUGAUGGGUGUGAUGAUGUGAAAAGUGCAGACUAUAGGAAGGUGUAUGUUAGAGGAAAUGUCGUGAAAUUUUCUCCAGUUGUGAUCAACAAAUUUCUAGGAAAAACAAAAGAACAUCAGGUUGAGCUAGAGGUUACGUAUGACCAAGUGUGCAAGGAGAUAACUGCUAAGUAG